UGAUUAGUUGUAUUCGGGCAUCACAAUAUACAGAUCCGAUCCGAUCCGAUCCGAUCCGAUCCAAUUGCAUUCCCGUCCCGCGAUGCCGAUUCGCCGAUCUCCGCCGACUCUCCGCCCACUUCCACCACCGCCACCUUCGCCGCCUCCCACGGCCGAAACCUCUCGAAACCCUAACCCUAAUCGGCGACCAUCCUCUUCCUCCACUCCUCUACAAUGCAAUGCCCCAUUGAUUAUUGUCAAAUCGACGCAAAAGAGCGCUUUUGUCCUCUCUGCGACUCCUGGAAUUAAAUGAUCACAAGUAAAUCAAUUGCCUAUUUGGUUCAGUAUAGCAUCUGGGAAACAGAAAAAUUCGGCAGCUUUUGCGGUGGCAAGACGUAAAAAAUAAGAUUUUGAGUGCCAAUAGCAAGAAGCUCCAAUUUGGAGCUUUUGAAACUGACAUGUAGAGAACCUGUUGGGGAAAUUUUAAUAUAGUGCUUCUUCUAGGGUCAAACAAGCCCUAAUUUUGUUUACAAUUUCUCUCUUUUUGUUAGUUGUGUAUGUGGCCUAACUAUGACUUCUUGGCAUGAGUAACGGUUUGUCAACUCCUUCGGUAGAUGAUUUUGCGAGGCGCUAUGAAGGUCUAUAUGAUUGGGUUUCUUGGGAACUUCAAUUGCCUCCAAUAAGCUCUUCAGUAUUUGGCCUUUAAGGAGUAUAUUUCUUAUGUGUCACAGCUUUAGAUUUAAAGAAACAUUCAGUUGUAUCUACAAGUAGAGUGCGCGCAUUUUGUGCUUUUAUAUCGUGGCUAUAAAUGGUGAGAUGCUUCCUGUUUAUUGUAACCUUUGAUAAGAUAUUAGGGUCUUAAUCAGACCAAAUUUGAAAAAAUGACAUGCUGUUUGUUAUUUAAUCCUGCAGCUAAUUCAGAAAGUUAUAACUUAAAUGUUAUAACUGAGCCUAUCAUGCGGAAGAUGAGAAAAGGUUCUGAUAUUUGUUCCUUCAGUUUCCUUAUCGCCCCGUUCUCUAUAAACAAACUUCUCUCUUGUUAACUUAUCUAUGUUCUUUCUUUGUACCCUUAUUAUAUUUUCUACUCUGUAUUGAUGUCUCCUGUAUUGUGUGCUAUUGAUUACUAUUUGUAUACCUGUAAAACAUGUGGGGAUAGAAUUCAUGUCUAAUUCCUGUGCACAUUCUGUAUGUUUUCAGAAAUGAAAAAGGAUUUAAAUUUGGAGUGACGUUUUGGGUAUGCCAAUACCUGAUCUGUAUUCAUUACCACCAAAAUGAUUAAAAUAUAUGAAUAUAGAGAUACUAAGCAAUUAGAAGAAUUGUGAGCAAGCGCAAGUCUGCAAAGAGGAACACAAUAUUGGCAGAUUGUUUCCUACCUUCAUGACAAAGGAUUCGAACAAAGCAGCCAAGAUCUCUUUCUGGAUAUAUAAAAAGCAUGUCAAAGGCGAUGUACAUAAUUAUGUGGACAAGAAGAUCAGAUGCAAGCUUCACAUUGCUAUGAGAGUACUCUCAGCCUGUCUCCAGCAAUUUUAUGAUUGGGUUGAAAUAAGAAGGUGCAAAUCCGACCAUUUGUUUUAUGUUAAUUGUGUUCCAAGGAUUAGAAGUUCCCGAAUUCAUUACACAUGCCAACUUAGUAGGCUAUCCAAAUGAGCUGACCAAUGGAAAUUACAUAUUUAAGCUGACUAAUGAAAUAAAUUAGUAACAAAUGUUUGACAAAAACCUUCCAAAGGUGUCUGCCGCUGGCAAUGUUUUUCUUUUUCUCAAUUCUUGUUUGUGAAAUUUGUUGACUGACUCCUGCGUCAACGGUUUCAUCAGAUUGCUGAAAAUCUCCAUCGUACUCAGCAAACAUUCAAGAAUAACAAAAAAGCUAUCAACUCUAUCAUUGCUUUCUCAACCAUGAGCGCCAAAAGAAGCACCCGUAAUUCUCUAGUUCUCCCUCUCAUCUUUCUGUCACCCUUCUUGUUUCACUAUUCUUAUGGUUCAGACUCUCUCUUCCCGGGCCAAUCAAUCCGGGAUGGUGAAACCUUAAUCUCUGCUCACGGGAUUUAUGAGUUGGGUUUCUUCAGUCCUGGCGAUUCAACCAAGCGCUAUGUCGGAAUAUGGUAUCACAAGCUCCCUAUCCUGACGGUGGUGUGGGUUGGCAAUAGAGAAAACCCCAUCUCGGAUUCUUCUGGAUAUAUUACCAUGGAUGAACAAGGAAACUUAAAGAUCAUGGAUGGUAAAGGAACAUCCUUUCUUCUGGGAGCAAAUAAUAGAAGCACCAACAUCACAAGUGCUACCCUUUUAGACUCUGGUAAUCUCGUUCUACGAGAGAUGAGUUCUUCUGGAAAUGAUAUAGUAUGGCAGAGCUUUGACCAUCCGACAGAUAACCAACUUCCAGGUAUGAAGCUUACUUUAAGCACCAGCAGCAUUUCUUGGAGAAGCACUUCCGAUCCCAGACCAGGAAACUUCUCCUUUGGAAUUGACCCAAAUGGCACAGAUCAGCUCUUUUUAUGGAAUAGGACAGAGGUUAUAUGGAGCGUUGCAGUUUUGAAUGGAGUGAACUUCAGCUUGGUGCAGGAUGCAACCGUCACUCUCCCAGGUGAUUUAGAUGGCUAUACUUUUAUCCAUCAUUGGGGGAGUGGCUAUUAUUACUAUACUCUUGCUGAUAGUUCAAUUAUCACAAGGGGAUUUACUGACCAUGAAGGGCGACACAAGCAAUUGGCUUGGUUGGAUGGUGAGGAAAAUUGGGUGACCUUUUUGGUUAAACCCAAUGAGCAUCCUUGUGAGGUCCCUAGCAGUUGCGGAGUUAAUGGUCUAUGUAGUAACGACUCAUCGGUCAUGUGUACUUGCUUAUUCGGGUUUGAGCCCAAUGUUAAUAAACAUUGGGACUCUCGAGAUUAUUCAGAUGGGUGCAUAAGAAAAGUACAAUCAGAAUGCAUGAGUAAUGGGGAUGGAUUCUUAAAGCUGAGGAAUAUAAAGCUGCCUAUUUUCUCCUCAAAGGAUCGAAAUUUGAGUCUAGGUAUUGAUGACUGUAAAGCCUGGUGUACUAAGAAUUGUUCAUGUAAUGCUUAUACUUCAGCAUAUCUGAAUAGGACCGGGUGUUCAUUUUGGUUUGGGGACCUUUAUGGCCUCCAAGCUGGUGCUGAUGAAGUGCAAGAUCUCUUCGUGCGGCUGGCGGCUUCAGAGCUAAAGAAACAUUCAGGUAAUUUGAAGAGUUGUGAACUAGCAUUAAUCAAUAUUGGAAUUGCACUGUGUAUCUUGGGUGCUUUUUUAUGUGGCUGUAAAUGGAGAAAGGCGAAAGUUCGUCACAGGAAAGAGGAAAAUGACUUCGAUUGCUCUUCCUGUAGUUUUGCAACCAUAGCAGCUUGCACAAACCAGUUCUCUGAUGUAAAUAAGAUCGGAGAGGGCGGAUUUGGUCCAGUUUACAAGGGUUUCUUGGAGGGCCAGUCAGUUGCGGUAAAGAGGUUGUCAAGUAGUUCAGGGCAAGGGCUCGAAGAAUUUGCAAAUGAGAUCACACUUAUCGCCAAGCUCCAGCACAGGAAUCUCGUCAGGCUCCUUGGUUACUGCAUUCAAAAAGAAGAGAAAAUAUUGAUAUAUGAAUAUAUGCCCAACAAAAGCUUGGAUUAUUAUAUAUUUGAUUCAACCAAAGGAGCAGAAUUAGACUGGGAAAAGCGCUUUCACAUUGUGGAAGGAAUUGCACAAGGGCUCCUCUAUCUUCAUAAUUAUUCUAGGUUAAAGGUCAUCCACUGGGAUCUCAAAUCUAGUAACAUCCUUUUGGACAGCGAAAUGAACCCGAAAAUAUCGGACUUUGGCUUGGCUAGGACUUUUGGGCAGAAUGAAAACCAAGCUAAUACAAAAAGGGUCAUGGGAACUUAUGGAUACAUGUCUCCUGAAUAUGCGAUGAAUGGUCUCUUCUCGGUGAAAUCUGAUGUUUUUAGCUUUGGAGUGAUACUUUUAGAGAUCAUCACCGGGCUAAGGAGCACGGACUAUUGCCAUCAAGAUGGCUCUGAAAAUCUUCUUGCACAUAGUUGGGAGCUUUGGAGAGAAGGGAGAUGCUCGGAACUGGCAAACCCCACAAUAGGGGAUAUGCAUCCUUUUGACGAAGUUCAAACGUGCAUUCAGGUAGCACUCCUUUGCGUGCAAGAUAUAGCGGCAGAUCGGCCCACCAUGUCUGAUGUUGUUUCGAUGCUGAGAUGCGAGAUUUCGUCCCUACCAAUCCCUAAAAAGCCUGCAUUUUUGCCUGCAAGAUCUGUGGGACGAGAAGAUUUUCGCAAGCAUGAGAUUCAUUCACUCAACAAUCUUACGAUGUCCAUCAUAGAAUGCCGAUAGCGGGGUAAUGCUAUACACUUAACAGAUAAGUUUCCUCGGCUGCUUCAGGUGUCAAAACAUUUUGGAUUGUUUUCUACCGGAUCGAUUGUUGGAAUAACGUGGUAGCUUAGCUGAUACUAAAGUCGCUUCAGUUCUGUCGGAGAUUGUGGAUUCGUUUCCAAAACCAUGGAAAACUAGUAAGUUGAAUAUUGAGGAUCCUGAAGUUUUCAUGGAGAAAUACACCACAAUGCAACUUCUCCCUUUUAAUUAGUUUCUUUUUUCUUUUUCUUUUUUCAUGUGGGAAAGUGCAAAGUAUCCCAUUCCAUUAAAUGCUGGAAACUGUGUAUAAUUGAAAGGCAUAUAUAUUUUCUUUGUGAAAAUAACAGAAGAUUUUGAAAUUA